ACACAGAGAGAUCCUCUCCUCCGUCAGAAGGCGACCGGGAUGCGGCCCGUCCCGCAUGCUGCCUCCUAGCUCUGCCGCCGCCGGCAGGAGCAGCGGCGGAGCCGCGGCUCCCAAAGUUCGCCGCCGCCGUUCAAACUCACCGCGGUGCGGCGGCCCACCAUGGUCAUCAUGGUGCGCGCGACCGCGGCGCCGCACCACCACCACGUGGUCCAUCCGGUGUUGUGCUGCACCGUCAAGCGCGCCGUGCGACUGCUGCCAUCCGCGCUGCUGCUCAUAUUCGUCCUGUCGCUCAUACUCGUGACCCUGGUCCAGAUCGCCGUCAUCCACUCCCACCGGCGGGCCAUCUACCUCCAGCGGCGACUGGCCAGCACCUCCAGGCCGUCGCCGGCCAGGCCACAGGCCGCGGUUGUCUCCUCCUCGGGACAGCUGCGGCCUGCCGCCGCCUCUCCAGACGGCGGCCCGUCUGGGUCUCCCACGGCCCACUUUCAGGCGUGGUCGGCCGUCCACAGGACCCGGGGCGGGGAAUACUCGCACCGCAAGCCCAACGCGAGCCACAACCGGGCGCAGGCGGCGGUCAGGGCGCGACCUAAUGCGCUCCAGGUCGAGGCACUGCUGGACCGCAAUGCGCCGACGGUGGACAACAACAUCAAGAUCUUGACCGGACUGGCGAACGCGGCCAGGAUACGCGACAUCUUCGCCGGUGCUUCGGCUGGGACGCCGCGUCCAACGCUGACGUUGCCGACGUCGGCACGCGAGGAUACGCUGGGGAGUGCUGCUGAGGGCGACGACAAUGAGGUCUCCUGGGAGUUGGUGAAAGAUGAUGUGUACCGGCGGGCGGGCGGCGGUGGUGUGUCGGCCGUUCCGGCCGCCCGCGAGGACGACGAAGACACUGACAGCGUGCGACGGACGCGAAAGUUUGAGGCGGACAAGGCGAGGAAGUCGUCUGCCGAAGUGGUUACGCGGCCUCUUUGCCCCGAAGUGCCUCCAGGACUGGUGGGUCGUGUGCAAGUUGACCUCGAUCUGCGACCGAGGCGGCGACAAACGCAGCGGCCGGCCAAGGCAUCGCAGAAUGCCAAGGCUGGCGCCGGAAGCAGCGUACCCUCGUCGUCGCCUAUUGGUGGACUGUGGAGCCCGGUAGAGUGCGCCGCGCGUCACCGGGUUGCCCUGGUGGUGCCCUACCGGGAUAGGCGCCUGCACCUGCUCCUGCUCCUGAGGCACCUGCACCCGAUUCUCAGGAGGCAGCUGCUGUCCUACAGGAUAUACGUUGUCGAACAGUACGGCAAUGACACCUUCAACAAGGGCGUGCUGAUGAACGCCGGUGUGAGGGAAGCGUUCCGCGACGCCGACUACAACUGCUUUGUGUUCCACGACGUGGAUCUCAUCCCCGAGGACGACCGUAACAUGUACUCCUGCCCGCCCAGUCCCAGGCAUAUGUCCGUCGCCAUUGACAAGUUCAACUACACGUUGCCCUACCAGAUGCUGGUAGGCGGCGUGCUAGCCAUAAAACGAGAGCAUUUUCUCAAAGUCAAUGGAUUCUCCAACCUCUACUGGGGCUGGGGAGGAGAGGACGAUGACAUGGCGUACAGAAUCAAGCACAAGAAUCUCAAGAUCAUUCGUCCUCCAGCUUCCGUAGCAAGAUACACAAUGAUCAAACACCACCAACGUCCAGAAUCGCCGAACAACAUAAGGAUGGCUCUGGUGCGGAUGGCCUGGUACCGCAUGAACAAGGACGGCCUGAGCACGACCAAGUACCGGCUUGUGAGCAAGCAGGUGCUGCCCCUGUACACGCACCUGCUCGUGGACAUCGGCCACAACCACAAGUGGCACUUCUCCAGCUCGCAGAAGCUUAUAAUCAACCUAUGACCGCCGGGAUCGCCGGCGGCCAGACCCUGCCCGCUGGCCACGAAGCGGCCGCUGCUUGCUGCUCAUCUCUACGCUCGCGCCAUGGUCUCCCCUGGCAGACCCUGUGUGCGUUGGUUACGACGAAACACUCGGCCGCGUGCAUCCUCGGGGUUCGAGAAAAGUGCGGCCAGAAGGCCCUGACACAAUCUCUCCGUGUCCGCGCUACCCAUGAGCGAUUCAGCCCGACAACUGAGUACCUCGACUCGUCUCCAAACCCACAAGACACCUGCAUGCAAAGUCCCUGUAGAACAGUUAUUUGUACCUCUAUGCCAGGCAUGUGCACAGGGUCAGAAAACUGGCUGUUGAGAGUGCGACUAUCUGCAGCAAUGGCUUCUCCAGGAGAUGCAGGAUGUACAGAACGUUGAAAGUUUCCUACGUCCUUGGUUGUUCCAGCACCACGCCGCAAAACGCCUCAAGGGCGCAGAUAUCCAGAGCGCUUACCCGUGCUUCUUGCGUAGCCUUAUUUGUCCCUGUUGAUUUUACUGCAGACAUUCGCACACACGUCUACAGAGGUGAAUGGGCGCUGACAGAAGCUUUGGGAAAAUUAGGCUUGAUGACUGUGGCAGCAUAUUUGCGGUUCGAUGCAAGAGCGAAGUAUGACCUGUCACACUGUGUCACAGGGCGACUAAUCUGUUGUGGGGCUAUGUUUCACACUGUGCACGUAACUAGCAAUUCUCGCUGCAGAUUGAUACAGCUUGCUCUCGGUAACUGCAGCCAUGCCUAACUAGUUGUUAGUUUGCACAAAAGCCUUAACAAAGGCACGUCAAACUGCUUUCUUUCUUUUCGAUUUUAUUUUGAUUACGCACAACCUCGAGAAAGACAUGUGACCCGUGAGCAGAAAAAGAAAGAAGCACAAGCCUUUGAAGAUUGCGAAAUGCAACAUAGCAAAAAAAAAAACAAAACAAUUAUUCUGCAGGUGGUUCUUUUCCGGAAAAAUAGCAUCAAACAAGGGGAACAAGGAAGAAGGCACUUCGAAGAGCCUCCAUGCAUUAUAGUGGCUGAAAUU